AUGGCCGUGGAACUCGAAUAUCGGAAUACUUUCAUCGACGUGAAGGAGGAGUUCGAGGACAUGGCGGGCAGUUCGCGCAGGGCCCGCGCACGCAGCUCGCCACCAGGGCGCGUGCGCCGCAUCAGCUUCAGCGAAGAGGCUGCCAGCGAGGAGGAAGCCAUGCGCACCUAUGUGGGCACUCUCUCCGAGAAGACCGCGGACCUGACCAGGCAGCUCCAAGAUGGGACGCCCACCACAGCAUGCUCCAGCCCCAAGAGCCAGGUGAGCUCGGAGGUGGAGUUUGCAGACAGCCCAGGGGGGAGUGAUCUCGAGGGCCUUGAGGUUGCGAGUAGCAUGGCAGAGUUCUUCCCACUGCCCAGUCAGGGUAGUCUUGGGCACCCCGAGGUGUGCCGGCGCCCGUGCAUCUACUUCAUCGCCGGGAACUGUGAGAACGGCCAGGCGUGUGACUACUGCCACAUGGAGCACACGGAGAAGCCACCAAAGCUCGACAAGAGGCAGCGCAGCAUGAUCAAAGCUCUCAGCCGGCCGCAGUUCGUUGGGCUGGUGAUGCACGACUGCCGCAGCAAGGCUGAGCAGGGAGGCUUUCUCGACGAGGCCGGGGAGAUUCUCGACAUCAUGGCACAGGAAUCCGCGGGCGCACGGCCUUUGGUACUGACAGACCGCGACCUCCGCAACCUCCAGAAGACACUUGCGCGGAUGAACUUCUCCAACUUGGUCGGCCAGGUGAUGCACCAGUCUGCUAGCCGAGCAGGGAACACAACACCUGGCGUCGACCUGGCCGCAUCCCUCGAGAGGCUCCGCCUGCGCUUCCUGCCAUGA